CCACAAAUUUAUGAAUUCCAUCUCAUUUGCCCAAAUACGAUUCACGUCUGUAUUGAACUUCUGUCGUCAUCUUCAAGAACUUCCCACCCUUUGCAUUCCACAUAAUUUUUAAACGGAUUUCCCAAUUCCGGAAAAACCUUUCCAGUAAUUCUUUGAUCAGAAGCAUAUUUGUGAUUUCAGAAAAAAGAAGUACAGGUUAGGUUGUCCGAGGGUGAAGAAGGACUUUUCAUUUGUUUGAAUUGUGCAAGGAAUGUCAACGAGCACAUUGACAAAUCCUGGUAGCACUGGACUAUUUGGAUCAAAUCUUUUCUUGAGGACAGUUAGAAGUUUUCAGUUACUUAAUGGAACUGAAAGACAUUGCCUCUGGAAUUAUGGUGUACAGAAUGUAUUUCUCAAAGGACAACCCUAUAUAACAAGACAAAGAAGCAAGAGGGUUGAAGCAGGAUGGCUUUUCAAAGGGGGUGGAGGUGAUAAACAGUUGGAUGCAAGCACCGAACAUAGUGAGAAAGCAAAUGAGGAUAUACUGAUUUUCUUUUUUCAGUUGGACUUGGCAACUCGGGUCCAGUAUGCUCUGAACUUGGAUCAGUACGAUAUUGCUCAACAGUUGAGAAGCAGGUUAACCGAGGUUGAAGAAGAAGUCAUCAGGCAGAAGAAUUCAAAGAAAGGUUCAACCUCAAAAGUUGACGCUCAAGAUCAAGGCAUUCGUCUGCUGAGAUUGCGUGCUGAACUACAGAAUGCAAUUGGCACUGAGAAUUAUGCCGCAGCUGCUGAGUUACGUGAUAAAAUUUCCAAAUUAGAGGCAGAGUCUCUAGCUGAAUCAGCAAAAGCUUUGGCAUAUGAUAAAAUUCGAUAUGCAUUCCGUUUGGGUCAGAAAGUGAGACAUAAGAUUUUUGGGUACUGGGGUGUAAUUUGCGGCAUGGAUCCAGUGUGCUGCGAAUCAAGUGCAUGGAUGGAAACUGCGAAUGUUGCAAAUUUGUCUAAUGGUUCUAAUCAGCCUUUCUAUCAGGUCUUGGUAGAUGUUCAUGAAGAUCCCGACCUUCUCGUGGCAUACGUUCCAGAGGAGAAUUUGCUAGUACCAGAAAAGCCGAACUUGGGAAAGUUUGAUCACCCUUAUGUUUCAUUUCUAUUUUAUGGAGGUGACACGGCUGGGAAUUUCAUCCCGGUCAAGCAGCUUCGUGAGAAGUACAAUCAGCCGAGGUUUGAAGCGCCUUCUGAUCCUGAAGAUGAAGAGGACCGAGAAGGUGCUUGAUUCUAAUUAGAUCAGAAUCUGAUAUUUCUUUUACUGGGAAAUUGUUGUUGUUCACUGGGAAGCCUGUUCUUGAAAGUCCUUACUACAGCUCUGUCCUAAAUCAGAGUACAUGAUUUGCUGAAUGCUGAUGCAUGUUUAGUAUCUGGCUUCUAUAUCUUAGAUGUUGUAUCUUCUGUAUAUAGUGUCGGUUGUUGUACUUCUUCAAUUUCAUAAUACAUACAACAUUUGACUUUCUUGAACUAAUUGUUGAUUUAACUUUGACCCUGUAUAACUAUAUGGUGUGAAGUUGAAAGCUUCUUGCUGCUCAUCAAAUUUGACGUUUUUGGUUUCCUGCUA